UUUUUGUUUUCAUCUCCUGUGUGCUUAUAAAAAACACCCCACUUCUCCGCCCCCUUAACGAUCUGUUGCAAGCCAGAAUGGAAACAACUUAAUUUAUUUUUUUUUGCACUUUUUGUUUUUUGUCAGAAAGAAAGGAAUAGGAUGAUACCGGGAAAGAGGCAGGGCUCUCCCCUCCUUUUCUUUUUGUAUGCACGGUACUUAAAAGCUGCUAUGCACGGUUACUACGAAUCAAGCCCCAUUCAAAUCAGACGACUUCCAAGUAAACGGAACCAUGAUCCGAGUGAAAGAUAGAGCGGGCGCCGUUGUAGUCAGAAAGGACAAACAGCAACAACAUUCCUCCUUUGCAGUGUGUGCGACCCACCCACGAUCAGCCAGUAGCGGUGCAGCAAACCCAGCGGGAAUGCAGCGGCGGCGACUUCUUUUGCAAGCCUAUCUGCUGCUGCUGCUGCCGCUUUGCUUUCCCUUGCAAAGAAGAAAGAGGCAGCAAAAGGGAUUUUGGCGCCAAAUGCCUGGCACCUCCCCUGCUUUUAUGGAAAUCAGGGGGGUGGAGUUAAGUCGCUCGCUCGUUUCACCCCCCCCUUCCCUCCCCGGGUGUGUCAGGACUUUUUUUUUUAGUUAAUAAUAUACAAGAGCUUCAAAGCCCACUCACUGACAGUCAUCUGUCUGCAAGCAAAGGGUGAAUGUGGAAGCUUAAGGCUGGCUUGGGGGGCCGAUCGGGCUGCUGGCGCUCUUUUAAGGGCUAGAUACAAGAUCAUCAUCUGCUUUAAUUCACCCCCCCGCCCUUUGCAAACCGCCACCGUCAGCCAGGAGGUUAAGAUCCUGCUGAGAAGGGGACAUCUCCUUUCCCACCCAGUGGAAAACAAACGCGUUUGCCUCUCAGUUGUAAUACCCACACUAAGGAUUUCUCCUAUUGACGAAAACCACGGAGAUGCCGGGGAUGGUCAGUAAAAACCCAGAUCUUGAAUUUGACUCUUUGCAGCCAUGUUUCUAUCCAGACGAAGAUGAUUUUUAUUUGUGCGGUCCGGACUCGGCUCCCCCAGGGGAGGACAUCUGGAAAAAGUUUGAGCUACUGCCUACACCUCCUCUGUCUCCGAGCCCAGCAGGUCUGCAGGAGAACCCCCCAGGAGGAGCCCCAAUGUCGUGGGGAGGAGCGGCUCUAGGGGGGUUCCGAACCAGCGACCACCUGGACUGGGCCUCGGAGUUGCUGCUGCUGCCCCCGGAAGGUGACCUGUGGGGCAGUGCCGAUGGAGGAGACGCCUUCGAAACGGGCUUGGGGGAAAGCAGCAACCUCAAUGCCAUCAUCAUUCAGGACUGUAUGUGGAGUGGCUUCUCUGCCCGCGAGAAGCUGGAACGGGCAGUGAGCGAGAAGCUGCAGAGCAAAGGAGGGACAGCUGUCGCUCCUGCCACCGCUGCGGCUGCCACAGUCGCUGCUGCCGCUGCUGCCACCCCCAGCACCAGCCCGGGAAACAAUAGCAGCAGCCAAGCAGAGCUCAACAACUCUGUGUCGGAGUGUGUCGAUCCCGCGGUGGUUUUCCCUUUCCCCAUGAACAAGAGGGAGCCGGCGGUGGCUACAGCGACAGCCUCGGCGGCAGGGGGAGUGGCCGGGAUCCGGGUGAAUAUCAGCAGCAGCAGCGGGAUCGUGCAAGGGGCAGCGGCAGCUGCAGCCGCUCCUACUCCGCGCAGCAGCAGCAGCAGCAGCGGCUGCCACCCAAGUGCAACCAGCGAGAGCCGAGCCAACAGCAGCUCUGGGGAUGAUACACUCAGUGAUUCUGAUGAAGACGAAGAAGAAGAGGAUGAUGAAGAAGAAAUAGAUGUGGUAACGGUGGAAAAGAGGCGCUCCUCAUCCAACAAAGCUGUUACAACUCUGACUAUUACGGUGCGCCCUAAAAAUGCCACUGCCUUUGCCUCUGUGAGAACUCAGCCAAAUGAAGUCAUCCUAAAGCGCUGCGCCCCUAUCCACCAGCAACAUAACUAUGCCGCACCUUCUCCCUAUAUGGAAAGUGAAGAUGCGCCACCCCAGAAAAAGGUAAAAAAUGAAGCACCCCGUCCAAUGAAGCCCAUGACUCAGCCAAAGCCCAAGAGCUCCAGUCCUCGAAACUCUGACUCGGAAGACAGUGAGCGUCGACGGAACCACAACAUUCUGGAGCGCCAGCGGCGUAAUGAUCUGAGGUCAAGUUUCCUUACGUUAAGGGACCAUGUGCCAGAACUGGUUAAAAAUGAAAAGGCAGCAAAAGUUGUCAUCUUGAAAAAAGCCACUGAGUGUGUUCAUUCCCUACAGGCUGAGGAGCACAAGUUAUUGCUCGAAAAGGAAAAAUUGCAAGUCAGGCAACAGCAGUUGAUAAAAAAAUUAGAACACCUGCAGACUUGCUAAUUUUUAAAAACAUUUUUUUUUCUUUCAUUCUUUUGUUUUGUUUUUAAAUUGUCUGAUCUGGACAGCCACUGCCACUUUGCACAUUUUUGAUUCCUUAAAGAGAGUUGUGUUUUUUGACGUUAAGAAUGUUGGUUUUCCUUUCAAUCCAGUCUCUGAAGUAGGUGACAGAACUCUUUUAUCUGCGUGGAGAGUAGAUGGAUGUCCUUGUACGAAGUUGAACAGACUGCCAAACCGUGAUGGAAUGCCUUUGUAUUUCCUCUUAGAACUGUAUAUGUUCUUUCAAUGUUGUGAGCGUUGGACCUGCUUAUGACAUCCAGUUGAGUUUGGAAACAUUCAUUCCUUUUUAAUGGUGCUUAUGUUCUACCAGGUGUUAUGGGCAAAACCAUUUUGUACCCCUGUGGGAAAAACAAAACACCCACCUCUGUAAAUACCAUAUACACACUUGCCUUUUGUACAUGUCUUGGGUUAUGAGAGGUGACUUUUGCUACCAAUAUUAGACUGGAAGUUCAUACCUAAGUACUGUAAUACCUCAAUGUUUGAGGAGCAUGUUUUUGUAUACAAAUAUAUUGUUAAUCUCUGUUAUGUACUGUACUAAUUCUUACACUGCCUGUAUACUUUAGAAUGAUGCUGAUACAUAACUAAAUUUGAUACUUAUAUUUUCGUAUGAAAAUGGUUGUGGAAAGUUUUGAGUAGAUAUUACUUUAUCACUUUUUUGAACUAAGAAAACUUUUGUAAAGAAAUUUACUAUAUAUGCCUUUUUUCCUAGCCUGUUUCUUCCAGUUAAUGUAUUUGUUAAUGUUUGUUGCAUAGAACUGGGUAAUUGCAAAGUUCUGUGUUUAAUUUCUUCCAACGAUGUACAUUUAGUGCUGCAUCUUUAUAGCACUUUGAAAUACCUCAUGUUUAUGAAAAUAAAUAGCAAUUAAAUGA